AUGACCAUCGAGGAGUACCACCAAGUCGUCUCCUGCAAGGUCCAGGGCACGUGGAAUCUGCAAAAUGUUCUCCUGGAAGAGAAUCUCCAGGUAGACUUCUUCACCAUGCUUUCCAGUGUCUCCGGGGUGAUGGGUCAAAAGGGCCAGGCCAAUUAUGCGGCGGCCAACGCGUUCUUAGAUGCAUUUGCCACGUACCGACAACGACUUGGACUGGCGGCCAAUUCGGUUGACUUAGGUGCCAUCCAGGAUGUCGGAUAUAUGAGCCAGCACUCCGACCUUCUGGUUGCAUUAGAUUUGGCCGCGUGGACCCUGAUCAACGAGGCGCUAUUCCUCAAGAUCGUGGGAUUCUCUCUGCGUCAGCAGCUAAAUACCAAUAAUCCAGCCAGCUACGCACAGCCCAUCACGAGCAUUGCGGUUCCCCAAAGUUCACCAUUUUUGCGGGAGGCACGAUUCAGUGCCUUUUGCUUCGAUAACGGCACUGAUCUAGGCGUAAGCGAUGCGGCCCAAGAAGGAUCUAAGGAGAUCAAGGCGCUCACGCUCUUGUUCAAAAAGCAGGCCGACUUUGGCGUCGUGUAG